AUGGCUACCUCACAACCCCCCUACGGUCUCGCACCUCAUGAAAUCUCUUUCAUUCGUCUCUUGGAUGCAGUCACCAAUGGCUCUCAGGUGGAAAUCUCAUACACAGGAACAAUCCUGGUUUACAAGCCAGGCUUGAUUACGGGUAGCACUUCCGGCACAGGCGCCGCCGGCGGCAUGAUCACCUACGAGCUUCCCUCCAACUGCAACCGCGGUCUCAGCUACUACCUCAUUCCUCUCUGUCUCAUGGCACCGUUCGCCAAAGCACCUAUGAAAGUGCUUUUCACCGGACCCGGUGUGAUCACCUCCUCUACCCCGACGGGCGAUAUGUCCGUCGACAGUGUCCGAACCGCCAUCCUCCCUCUGUACAACCAAUUCGGCAUCUACAACAAUAUUGAGCUCCGUAUCCUCAAGCGAUCAAACCCUGGACCGACUGGUCGAGGUGGUGGUGGUGAAGUGCAGCUGGUGUUUGGCCACCAGGUCCGUCUGCCGAAGACUCUGCACUUGAUGAACGCUGGCCGCAUAAAGCGCAUUCGCGGUGUGGUAUACUCCGUCGGUGUGUCGGGCUCCAACAACGCUCGCAUGAUCGAGACCGCUCGUGGCAUCCUCAACCCCCUCAGCCCUGACACCUAUAUUUUCUCCGACGUAGCGAACGCGCCUUUGAUCCCGGCUCCCGACAAGACCAACCCGCAAGCGAAGAGGAAGAUCGGUCUUGGAUUUGGUCUGUCUUUGGUGGCCGAGUCUUCCACUGGCUGCCUUUUCUCCGCCGACGUGGCUUCCCCACCCUCCGGUGGUACUGCCCCGGAGGAUAUUGGCAAGCAGUGUGCUUACCAACUGUUGGAAAACGUCGCAAAGGGCGGCUGUGUCGCCCCUGCCGCCGCAGCCACCAUGUUCACCCUGAUGACCAUGGGCUCCGAAGACGUGGGUCGUCUGCAAGUCGGUCGCGAAGUGAUCGCAGACCCCAGCGUGAUCCAGCUCGCCCGCGACCUGUCCAAGUUCGGUGCCCCUGGCUGGGGUAUCCGGGAUGCAGCCGCGGAGAACGAGCACGGUGAUGUCAUCGUCAGUGUUGUCGGACGUGGAAUCGGCAACGUCGGUCGCAAGGUUGCCUAA